GUCAAUGCGUAGGGAGAUCAAAAUGAGGAGGUCAUAAAAAUACGAAGAAGAAGCAGAAGAAGAAGAAGGAGAAGCAGAAGAAGAAGAAGAGAAGCAGAAGAAGAAGAAAAAGAAGAAGAAGAAGAAGGAAAAAAAACACUACUGUGAGCUGAAGAAGCAGUUUUACAAAUUACCUUGUAAUUUUACUUGUGUUUUAUGCCGAUUGAAAUAACAAGCAGCCACUUUGGAUAAAUAGAAGACACACCUCCAUUUGGGAAGGAAAUAACAGAACGUCAAUUUAAAUUAGGCGGUUGCUGACCUUCAAUGCAUGAUGAUUUCUCACGGUUUUAAGAGCAGCAAAAAGGACUUUACAUUUGGCCCUUGGAAUGUGACAACUGCCAAAAACCAUAUAAUGAAAUCCAAAGACAUUGAACGAUUAACAGAAGAGUUAAACUUGCCCUCCCUUCCAGAAAUGUUAUUUGGGGACAACAUUCUGCGCAUCCAACACAGUGAUGGCUUCGGUAUUGAAUUUAAUGCCAUUGAUGCCCUUAAGAGAAUCAACAACUUAGAUGACACCGUCCAAGUGGCCUGUGCUCAACAAUGGCAGGAGAGCAGAUUUUCUGAACACUGUCAAGAGGUAGUGAAACCAUACGACUGGACAUUCACCACAGAUUACAGAGGCACCCUAAUAGGAGAGGAAUUGCAGAUUAAGGUGACUGAGACAACAGAAAGAAUUAACUUGGAGAAGCUGAGGGCUCGUGAACAGAUCGUGUUCUUUGAUGAGGUCCUACUGUUUGAGGAUGAGCUACAUGACCAUGGGGUCUCAAUGAUAAGUGUUAAAAUUAGGGUAAUGCCCACCAGUUUCUUCACAUUGCUGCGUUUUUUCCUGCGGGUGGAUGGUGUGCUGAUAAGAAUAAAUGACACCCGACUAUAUCAUGAGGCUGGACAGAAGUACAUGUUAAGAGAGUUCUGCACAAGGGAAAGUAACAUAGCAGAAUUGAAGAGUGUUCCUGCUUCGCUAUACACUGAUCCGAAUGAAAUUGCUCAACAUUUAACCUUCAAGCUAAGACAGUGUGAGAAGUUGGAACUUCCCGAGCAGGAGCAUGACGCUGUUAAUGAAGACCUUUAAUGAGCAGUAUAUACUUCAAUUUGUAUUUUUUUAUGAUGAACUAAAUAUCAAAUAUUGCUGGCGUUGGGCGGAAACUUUGCAUCUCCAAAAUCAUCACUUUUCAGGAAACAAAAGAAAUGGCAUGUUUGUUGAGCCAUUAACAUUGCAUCGUCAACGUGAGCAAGACAUUUUCAACACAUUAGAUUGGUAAAUAAUUAAAAUAAAAAUGUAAGUUAAAAAUAAUAAAUAAUAAAAUAAAUAAAUAAAUAAAUAAAUAAAUAAAACUAAUAGUUAUUAAAGUAAAAAUAACUGAUGGUAUCGAUUUGUGAAGAAAAUGUGAAAAUUGACCGAAUUUGGACCUAAGUGGUUUUGGCCCGAUGACAGCGAUGUAAUAGUUAAUGAUUGCAUUCUUCAAAUACUGGAUAAUAGAGUUACAGCCAUGCAUGUAAAGUUUGUCUGUGUAUUUUUUAUUUCCAAUUCAAAUGUUCUAUUUGAUGGAUGAUAAACUUUAAUAAAAAUAAUUUGAUGAAAAUAAUUCUCUAAAUAAUUCAAUCAACCCGACAGAAAUUCUGAACUCAUAUCAUGGGGCUGGUGAGAACUGGUAGUAUAGCAUAUUGUUGGUUUUGAUCUUGUCUUUUGCUGCAAUCAAUAUA